AUGGCGAAAUUAACCCAUGUCAUGUGGGGUUUGUCUUCAAAUUUUGCAGCAAAUCGGUAUUUCUCUCGAUUGUUGGCCUCACCAUGGUACAAUAUAUCCAUGGUCACAUCAUCCCGAGGAGUGUCAAUGGAAGCUGCUGUCAAAUCUACAGAUGAUUUGAUCAUCAGUGAUAGCUGUGUGAAGCGUUUAAAAGAAAUAGCCGAUGAUAAUACAUGUUUAAGAAUUAUCGUAGAAGGCGGUGGUUGCUCUGGAUUUCAAUACAAGUUUGAUUUAGAUCCAAAUAUACAAGAGGAUGACAGAAUAUUUCAGAAGGAUGGUACUAAGGUAAUAAUAGACUCGACAUCGUUAGAAUAUGUGAAAGGAUCAACGAUAGAAUUCCAUACUGAAUUGAUACGAUCUGCCUUUAGAAUAACGAACAAUCCUUUAGCCGAACAGGGAUGUAGUUGCGGUGCUAGCUUUGCUAUUAAAAUAGAAUAAAUGAUAAUGGAGAUGUACAUGUUAUUACAUUGAUUAAUGACAGUAUGCUGGCUCAUAAUUUAGUAUUAUUUAUUAAUUUUGAAACAGUUUA